AAGGGGUUGGUUGCUGGUGGACACCCCAGGGUGAAACUCUUCCUGCUUUAGUAACUAACCCAAAUGCAUAGACUGUAGACAACCAUGCAAAGGGUUCCACUAUCAGAACAGCGUCCAGGCUUCUCUCACCAUGGUGGAUGUAAAAUGUUUGAGUGACUCAGAACUGCAGUAUGAACUCGAUAGACUUGGCUUUUCACCGGGCCCCAUACUACCUUCCACCAGAAAAGUAUAUGAAAAAAAGUUAGUGCAGCUGCUGGUGUCUGCUAGCUGUGCUCCACUUGUGACGAGCAGAACCUGGAAGCAGGAUGCAGUGGAGACUUGUGAUGACAGUGAAGAAGUUAAUGCCACAAUAAUUCUGAAAGGAAACAUCAUACUCUCAAAAGAAAAAGUCAAGGAACUCAAAAGAAAUCCGGUUUUUGAAAUACAAGAGCAGCAGGAAGACACAGUGAAACCAAACUUUGAUUGUAAGAUAGUAACAAAGGCUUCCACUACUAAACUGAAAACCAUGGACCUCGGCUACCUGGGUCACCAGGGGUUACGGUGUCCUACAAGAAUGUCAAUCACCCUAGGGAAAGAAAGAUGUAUCAGCAAAGAGAAAGACACAAUGGACAGAGACAAGCAAGAACUGUUUCCAGUGGGUUUGAAACUUGCUGUGUUUGGCAUCUUCAUCAUUGUGGUGUUUGUCUACAUAACAGUGGAAAAGCCACUCUUAGGUUAAGUGCUUUAGGAACAGAGAAGUGAGUGCAAAUCUGAGGAUUACUCCAAGCCCUCCUGCUUCCUUUGAAGCCAGAGCCAGCAAGCAGCUAGUCAGCCUUCCCUCACUGUCCUGCUCUUACACCCUAUUCCCAGCCCAGCCAGGUAGAAGCUGGGAUGGACCUAGGAACCUCCUCCAAGAGCUCCAUGGAGGGAAGAUCAGAGUCUAAUCAGCAGUCAGUCAAGGUCGUUAUGCAUCUGGCAGAUUUCUACAAAGGAAGACCAUGCUUAUGUUUUUCAUUUUAAUGAUGGUGAUAAGUUUCAUUCAGUCUUCAAAUUGUAUUGCCCGCUAGAUGUGUUGACUAGUUGACUAGUCAAACUGUAUCACCACAAGAAGUAAUUUGCAAAAGAAAGUGAGUGUUUGCUUUAGAAGAUAAAAAGAGAUAUCCAACAUUAUCAGUAAUAAAAGGAGAACCUUUUUUGGAACAA